UUACACUCUCUCUGCACUCCAAAAUCUCUUUAUACUUCACUUUCAUUAAACAAUACUUUGAAAUUUUGACUAAACAAAUCAUUGAAUCCACCAGCAACAAAAAAGACUCUACUAGCAGCAGUGUAGCAAUCAGCAACAAAGAACCAGCCUGCCUCUCAGCUUUUCUUUGCUUUAGUUCUCUCUCACACACAUAGACACACACAACUACUGAGUAAGUGAUUGACAAACUCUUUAAUGCCCCCACCAGUCUCCUCUUCUAAACUGUCCUUCCCCUUUUAUGUUUUUAACCAAACAUCAGAAGUAUCUCUCUUUCUCUUUAGCCCUUGUGGGUGAUUGCUUUCUGGUUAAAGAUGCUACUUCACACACAUUCUUGCUUAACACCCUUUUUCUUUCUCUCCAUCUCCAACCUCUGAGAAUGUUUCUCUUAUGCUCUUUACCCUUCCUAAUAUUCACCCAUUUUCACUGAAUCUUUUCUUUUAAGCUUUAUGUUUGUUGUACUUUGUUUUGUUUUCUUUGUUGUAUAUGCAAUUUGCAUUCCGUUUCCUGACACCGUCUUGGCAUUUCUUUCUGUUGUUUCUUGAAAAGAAAAUGUUGUUGCACAUAUUAACUGUUUUGUCCUUAGCUCUGUUUGUGGUGGAGUGUUUGGACCCGGCAUUCAAUGAUGAUGUUAUGGGUUUAAUUGUUUUCAAAGCUGGAUUCACUGAUCCUAAAUCAAACCUUGCAUCUUGGACAGAAGAUGAUGCUACUCCUUGUAAUUGGGUGGGGAUAAAAUGUUAUCCUCAAUCUAAUAGAGUUUCUGAGAUUUUACUUGAUAAUUUCUCUCUUUCUGGACAUAUAGGUAGAAGCCUAUUGAGGUUACAAUUCUUGAGAGUUUUAUCUUUGUCUAACAAUAACUUUACUGGCAAUAUCAAUCCCAUUCUAUCCCAAAUACCUGGCUUGAGGGUUAUUGAUUUGAGUCACAACAGUUUGUCUGGAUCAAUCCCUGAUGAAUUCUUUCAACAAUGUGCCUCUCUGCAAUCUGUUUCCUUUGCCAACAAUAAUCUCACUGGACAAAUCCCUCAAUCUUUACCCUCUUGCUCAACACUCCAAAGGGUUAACUUCUCAUCCAACCGCCUUUCCGGUCAAUUGCCCUCAGCUUUAUGGUCCUUAAACUCUCUUCAAUCCCUUGAUGUUUCUGAUAAUUUAUUGGAGGAUGAGAUUUCUAAAGCAAUUGAGGGUUUAUAUUCUUUGAGGUCAAUUAAUUUACGCAAAAACAAGUUUACUGGUUGGCUGCCUGAAAAUAUUGGCAACUGUGUGCAGCUCAAGUCAAUUGAUCUCAGUGACAAUUUGCUUAGUGGGGGACUUCCUCAGUCUAUGAGAAGACUGGGUUUUUGUACCAAUAUGGAGUUAAGAUCAAAUUCAUUCAAUGGGGAGAUUCCAGAUUGGAUAGCAGAGAUGAAAAACCUCAAGGUUUUGGAUCUUUCUGCAAAUAAUCUUUCUGGUAGGAUUCCAAGUUCUAUGGGAGAUCUUUCAUUGCUAAAGGAACUCAAUCUGUCAAACAAUCAGUUCACUGGAAGCUUGCCUCGGUCCUUGAUGAAAUGCAGUGACCUUGUAGUCUUGGACGUAGGCAACAACUUCUUGACUGGUAACCUUCCUUCUUGGACCUUCAAAUUGGGAGUAGAGAGCAUUUCCCUUUCCGGGAAUAGGUUUACUGGGCAUAUAGAUUAUCCGCCGCUAUCCAUGGCGGCUUCCUAUCGAAGCGUUCAAGUUUUGGAUUUGUCUUCCAAUGCAUUAUCUGGUGAAAUACCGUCUGCCAUUUGGAAUAUCAGUAGCUUGCAGGUCUUGAAUAUUUCCAGCAACUUUUUAUCUGGUACUAUCCCAGAAGCUGUAGGUAAACUAAACGCAACUCGAAUUCUUGAUCUAAGUCGCAAUCAACUAAACGGAAGCAUUCCCAGUGAAAUUGGGAGUGCUGUUUCAUUGCUGGAACUGAAACUGAGAGAAAAUCAUUUGAGUGGUACAAUUCCUGCAGAUAUAGCAAAUUGCUCCGCUCUAAGUUCAUUGGACCUGUCACACAACAACCUCACUGGACCUAUCCCUCCAGAGAUUGCUAAGUUGACCAUUCUUGAAGUGGUAGAUUUCUCCUUUAACCAAUUUUCUGGAAGCUUGCCUAAAGAACUAACCAAUCUUUCCCACCUUGCCACAUUUAAUGUCUCCCACAACCAUCUCCAAGGUGAACUUCCAGUAGGUGGCUUCUUCAACACCAUUUCUCCCUCAUCUGUUGUUGGUAAUCCAUCCCUAUGUGGUUCUGUUCUCAACCACUCCUGUCCUGCUGUCCAUCCCAAGCCUCUUGUACUAAACCCCAAUUCAUCUGACCCGAAUCAUGCUUCUGUUACUUCGCUUGGUCAUAAGAGAAUCAUGCUCAGUAUAUCAUCUCUCAUUGCCAUUGGAGCAGCAGUUUUCAUAGCUCUUGGAGUAGUUAUUGUCUCUAUUCUCAAUCUGCAUGUGCGCUCAUCUAUGGAACUCUCUGCUGCAACUUUCACCUUAUCUGGUGGCGAUGACUUUAGCCAUUCACAUGGUACAGAAGCCAAUCUGGGCAAGCUUGUUAUGUUUUCUGGUGAUGCAGAUUUUGUUGCUGGAACUCAAGCCCUGCUCAACAAGGAUAACGAACUUGGACGUGGUGGUUUUGGAGCCGUCUACAAGACAGAACUCGGAGAUGGACGUUCUGUUUCCAUCAAGAAGCUCAACAUUACAAGUUUGAUCAAGUCCCAAGAAGAUUUUGAGAGGGAAAUGAAAAGUCUCGGAACCAUCAGGCACGAGAACCUGGUGGCACUUGAAGGUUAUUAUUGGACACCUUCUCUUCAGCUCCUGAUUAAUGAAUAUGUAUCUGGAGGCAGCUUGUACAAAUUACUCCAUGAGGAAAGUUCCAAAAGGAGUCUCUCUUGGCAGCAAAGAUUCAGCAUUAUUCUUGAUACUGCAAAAGGCUUAGCCUAUCUGCACCAGCUGAACAUAAUUCACUACAAUAUGAAGUCAACCAAUGUCAUCAUAGAUGAUGGUUGUGUCAACACGAAAGUUGGAGAUUUUGGUUUGGCUCGUUUAUUACCCAUCUUGGAUCGUUACAUCUUGAGCAGCAAGAUUCAGAGUGCACUUGGAUACAUGGCUCCUGAAUUUGCAUGCCAGACAGUGAAGAUAACUGAGAAAUGUGAUGUCUAUGGAUUUGGCAUCUUGAUUCUUGAGGUGGUGACAGGGAAAAGACCUGUGGAGUACAUGGAAGAUGACGUGAUUGUAUUAUGUGACAUGAUGCGGGGAGCACUAGAAGAAGGCAGGAUAGAAGAAUGCAUUGACGGACGGCUCCAAGGUAACUUCCCUGUUGAAGAGGCAAUUCCAGUUGUGAAACUUGGUUUAAUAUGUGCAUCUCAAGUCCCAUCAAAUCGACCAGACAUGGAAGAGGUGAUCAAAAUUUUGGAGCUAAUCCGAUGUCCAUCAGAAAGUCCAGAGGAAAUAGAGUAAUGUUAUGAGGUGUUUGUGGAAAACCAGAUUAUAGAGAGUGAGAGUCAUGUGGUGAACAGGAAUUCAGUUUGUUGUUACAUUUGGAGAAGGUCACUAUCCUCUUGUUAUUUUGUCAUAUCCAAAUAUCUAUACCAUUUGUUAAAUCAUUAUAUCUUAUUUAAAUAACUGGAUUCCUCUUCACCAGCUCCAGUUUGGGACCCUUGUUAGAUUUUGAUACACCGGCAUUGUCUUUAUGUAGUAUUGAGACAUCCAACUUGUGUCUCUGGUUGUCUUGUUCUUGUUUGAUGUUGUUGUCCAUACAAACCUGAAAAAAAAUACAUCCUUUGUAUUUUUAUAGAAGAAGACCCACAUGGAUUCCUGAUGAAAUGAAAAAAUCAAAAGUAGGCCACCAUUCAGUGGCAUUUCUUGAUCUUUAGGCAUUUCAUUUCCUUU